AUGAGCUCUUCACGUCAGGUCUACUUGCUUCCGCUGAAGGAUGAUGGAUCUCCCGGGGUGCCUGGGGGCUAUAUAUACCUGCCCGCUCCGCCGAAAUCUGGAUACGUGCUUCGCUUCAUCAUCGAAGGGACGAGCUCCAUCUGCCGACAGGGUAGUCUUUGGGUGAACAUCCCCGAGGAGGGAAAGCCCUUCGAGCGCUACUCAUUCCGAGAGUUCAAAUUGCAACCCAAUUUCAAUGAGAAUAUCCAGAUCGAUAUCCCCGUCACUUUGGCGGGUGCAUUCGCCUUCUACACAACAUUUACUCCGCUGCCGGAGUUCUCAGUUGAGGAUGUCUCUACCCCGAAGCCGACUCGGACGCCUGUUCACUACAUCGAUGUAUCCCCCAAGGUCACUCUUCAGGGAAAAGACUUGCCGCUCAAUGCGCUAUCUAUAUUCUCAAUGAUCUCGAAAUUCAUGGGUCAAUAUCCCACGGACUGGGACAAGCACCUUCGUGGAAUCAGCCAGCGGAACUAUAAUAUGGUCCACUUUACACCGCUCAUGCAGCGUGGCUCAUCGAACUCUCCGUAUAGUAUUUUCGAUCAAUUGACUUUCGACAACACGUUCUUCCCUAAUGGAGAGGACGAUAUCGCUGCAUUGGUUGACAAGAUGGAGAAAUCUUACGGUCUUUUGACAUUGACUGAUGUGGUCUGGAACCACACAGCUAAUAAUAGCAAAUGGCUGGAGGAGCAUCCCGAAUCUGGAUACAGCGUGAAGACUGCACCUUGGCUGGAGGCAGCACUCGAGUUGGAUUCAGCGCUUUUGAAAUUCAGCAAUGACCUGGAGGAACUAGGUCUUCCGACUGAGUUCAAGAACGAGGAAGAUCUCGUGACAGUCAUGAAUGCGGCGCGCCAGCAGGUCAUUGAUGGAAUUCGUCUUUGGGAAUUUUACGUGCUUGACGUGAACAGUGGUGUCAAGGAAAUUAUUGGCGAUUGGAAAACCACAAAGGUCGAACCUGGGUUAAUUAACCAGCACAAUAUACAAAUGUUCAAGAGCUGGUCGCUCAAACAACAAGCCAAUGUUCUCCGGGAACUUGGCAUACCAUCCGUGAAGCAGAUUUCUGGACGGUUUGGCCGUGCCGUCGACCCAAAUUUCGGAGCCGUUGCUUUGACCGUGCUAUUUGGUGAUUACAGUGAGGGGCAGACCAACCUCGCCGAGGUUGAAGACACCCUUUCCAAGCUUCUCGAUGAGGCCAACUUGUCGUUUUAUAAGGAGUACGAUGCGGAUGUUGAUACAAUCAUGGACCAGUUGUUCAAUCGCAUCAAGUAUCUUAGGAUCGACGAUCACGGCCCAAAGAUGGGGCCUGUCACCAAAGAGAGCCCUUUGAUCGAAACCUAUUUCACCCGCCUUCCUCUCAACGAAGUCACAAAAAACCAUGACCCCAAAUCUCUGGCCUUGGUUAAUAACGGUUGGAUCUGGAAUGCCGAUGCGAUGAAAGAUAACGCUGGGCCUGAUUCUCGAGCCUAUCUGCGCCGCGAAGUUAUCGUAUGGGGUGAUUGCGUGAAGCUCCGAUACGGAUCCUCGCCCGACGAUAGUCCUUUCCUUUGGGAGUUCAUGACACGGUACACCCGCCUCAUGGCAAAGUACUUUGGAGGAUUCCGAAUUGAUAAUUGCCAUUCGACGCCGCUGGUGGUUGCAGAAUACUUGCUGGAUGAGGCUCGAAAAGUUCGGCCUGAUCUGACCGUCUUUGCGGAGCUCUUUACAGGUUCAGAAGAAGCCGAUUCCAUCUUUGUCAAGCGUCUGGGUAUCAACGCUCUUAUUCGUGAAGCUAUGCAAGCUUGGAGUAUACAGGAGCUCAGUCGCCUCGUUCACCGGCACGGGGGUCAGCCAAUCGGCAGCUUCGAGAUGAAUCUACCUUCUUCUGGCAGUAGUCAUGCCAUUUCAUCCGCUCGUUCCGGUGAGAGCAAUGAACAAAUCACCCACAUUCGGCCCUGCCCCGUUCCCGCCCUGUUUAUGGAUUGCACCCAUGACAACGAGACCCCUGCGCAGAAGCGCGAUGCUAGGGACACGCUUCCCAAUGCUGCCCUUGUGGCAAUGUGUGCCUCCGCCACUGGAAGUGUGAUGGGCUACGAUGAAGUGUAUCCCAAACUCAUUGAACUCGUCCAUGAGACCCGACAAUACACCUCGCAGUCUUCAGAUUCCGAAAGCUUGGCCGUUGGAGCUGGAGAGGGUGGGAUUGGGGGUGUCAAAAAGCUUCUCAAUCAACUCCACACCAUUAUGGGCGUGGAAGGGUAUGAUGAAACGCACAUCCACCACGACGGCGAAUAUAUCACUGUUCACAGAGUCCACCCCAAGACCAGAAGAGGUAUCUUCUUGAUUGCACACACCGCAUUCCCCGGCAAUGAGAGUGGUGCAAUUCUAGCUCCCACUCAUAUCGCAGGAACCAAUGCCAAGCAUAUUGGGUCGUGGCAGCUCGAGGUUGAUGCCAGCGAUGAAACAAAAGAGAAGGUGCUCGCUGAUGACAAGUACUUGAGGGGCCUUCCCAGUCACACACGUGACAUUGAAGGCACCAAGAUCGAACAAACUGACAAAGAGGUCAUUAUCUCAGUACUGGAUACGCUUGUUCCUGGCUCUAUCGCUCUCUUCGAGACGUGGAUUCCCGGAGCUGACCAUGCUGAUGGGUUCGAGAACAACCUCGCCAAGGGUGCGGACGACGCAUUCUCUGAUCUCAGCUUGGUUGAUCUGAACUUUGUGCUGUACCGCUGCGAGGCGGAGGAGAAAGACUCAAGCGAUGGUCAAGACGGUGUGUACAGCGUCCCGAAGCAUGGCUCUUUGGUUUAUGCGGGACUUCAGGGCUGGUGGAGUGUUCUUGAGAAUGUCAUCAAGUACAACCAACUGGGCCACCCGCUCUGCGAUCAUUUGCGAGAGGGUCAGUGGGCUCUAGAAUACAUUAUCAAUCGCUUGGACAAGGCAUCCUCCCAGGAAGAGUAUGUUGCUUUGAAGAAGCCUGUCGCAUGGCUUCGCGAGAAGUUUGACGCUAUUCGCGACCUGCCUCAUUUCCUUUUCCCACGAUAUUUCGCCAUUAUCGUGCAGCUUGCAUACAAUGCUGCGUGGAAGCGAGGCAUUUACCUGCUUGGAGACAAUGUGUUACAUGGCCAGGAGUUCGUUCACCAGUUGGCUAUGGUCAGUGUUCAACAAACUGGUUACGUCAAAUCCGCAUCCUUGUGGCCCACCAAGAUGGUUCCCAGCCUUGCAGCAGGACUGCCUCAUUUUGCAGUGGAUUGGACUAGAUGCUGGGGUAGAGAUAUAUUCAUCUCUAUUCGUGGCUUGUUUCUUUGCACUCAGCGAUUCGAUGAUGCCAAGGAGCAUAUCAUUGCAUUUGCGAGUGUGCUCAAGCACGGCAUGAUUCCCAAUCUUCUGAGCAGCGGCAAAUUGCCCCGAUACAACUCUCGGGACUCUGUGUGGUUCUUCUUGCAGGCUAUUCAAGAUUUCGUUGAAAUGGCACCCAAUGGCAUCGACAUUCUGCAAGAGAAGGUUCCAAGGCGAUUCUUACCAUAUGACGACACGUGGUUCUCCUUCGACGACCCUCGGGCUUACUCUCAAUCUCCGACGCUUCUCGAGUGCAUCCAAGAGGUCUUUCAACGCCACGCCUCUGGUAUGUCUUUCAGAGAGUACAACGCCGGCCCAGACCUUGACUGCCAGAUGAAGCCCCAAGGCUUCCAGAUCGAUGUAAACGUUGACUGGAACACGGGUCUGAUCUUCGGUGGCAAUCAGGAUAACUGUGGUACCUGGCAAGACAAGAUGGGAGAAAGUGGCAAGGCUGGAAACAAGGGAGUCCCUGGAACGCCUCGUGAUGGGGCCGCUAUCGAGAUUACCGGUCUUUUGUACAGCGCUCUGACUUGGGUUGCCAGCCUCUACGAGUCCAAGACCUACCCCCAUGAAGGAGUUGACAUCGGCGAUGGCAAGAAGAUUGCAUUCGCCGAAUGGGCGCGCAAGAUCAAGGAGAACUUUGAGCGAUGCUACUAUGUUCCCCUCGAUCCCAGCGAAGAUAGUCAAUACGAGGUGGACUCGAAGAUUGUCAACCGUCGAGGCAUCUACAAGGACUUGUACAAAUCCGGCAAGCCCUACGAAGACUACCAGCUCCGUUCCAACUUCCCCAUCGCAAUGACAGUGGCUCCAGAACUGUUCACGCCCAAAAAGGCGCUUGUUGCUCUCUCGAUCGCCGAUUCGGCUAUCGUGGGUCCUGUGGGCAUGGCCACCCUGGACCCAUCUGAUCUCAACUACCGUCCCAACUACAUCAACUCUGACGAUUCUGACGACUUCGCGACUGCCAAGGGCCGCAACUACCACCAGGGACCUGAGUGGGUCUGGCAGCGUGGCUAUUAUCUUCGUGCCCUGUUGCACUUCGAUCUCCUGCGCCGAAACACACCCGAAGAACGGACCGAGUGCUUCCAGCAAGUCACCCGACGACUUGAUGGUUGCAAGAAGGCAUUGCGUGAGAGCCCCUGGAAGGGUCUGACGGAGUUGACUAACAAGGCCGGAGAGCAUUGUAAUGAUUCGUCACCCACCCAAUCUUGGUCCGCCGCAUGUCUGCUUGAUCUUUAUUAUGAUGCGUCGAAGCAUUCUUAG